GGCAGUCGAGUUACCUGUUUGGCGUCUCUCGUGAAUAUUUUAAUGAAAUAAAUUAUAUUUUUGUUCGAUUAAUUUUUAAAAUAAUAACAAUGGCUGAGUAUUUGGCAUCAAUUUUUGGAACGGAAAAGGAUAAGGUGAAUUGUUCGUUUUACUUCAAGAUCGGUGCUUGUCGACACGGGGAUAGAUGUUCACGUAUUCAUAAUAAACCAACGUUUAGUCAGACCUGUCUAUUACAAAAUCUUUACGUUAAUCCACAAAAUUCAGCUAAAAGUGCAGAUGGUUCUCACUUGGUGGCAAAUGUAUCAGAUGAAGAAAUGCAAGAACAUUACGACAACUUUUUUGAAGAUGUCUUCGUAGAGUGUGAAGAUAAAUAUGGAGAGAUUGAAGAGAUGAAUGUUUGCGACAACUUAGGAGACCACUUGGUAGGAAAUGUCUACAUUAAGUUUCGCAGAGAGGAAGAUGCUGAAAGAGCAGUCAACGAUUUAAAUAAUCGUUGGUUUGGUGGUAGACCGGUUUAUGCUGAAUUAUCUCCGGUCACUGAUUUUCGAGAAGCCUGCUGUCGUCAGUACGAAAUGGGCGAAUGUACUCGUUCUGGAUUUUGUAAUUUCAUGCAUUUGAAACCUAUUUCAAGGGAACUUCGUCGAUACCUGUACAGUCGUAAAAGAGGAGGAAAAAUUCGAUCCAGAUCACGUUCUCGUUCUCGAGGACGUGAUCGUAAACGUAGAUCUCGAUCUCGUGAAAGAAGAUCAAGAUCUAAGGAUCGUAAAAGACGAGACGAUAAAGGCAGGGAUGGACGAUCUGGACGUUACUGAUUAUUAUUCUUUACUUAUCAUUUUUACAUAGAUAAGUUUAUGCAUUGAAUUUAAAUACUUGAUUAUAAUUAUCAAGUAUAUUUGUUACAUAAUAUGCAAGAUUUUUUUUUAUUGAUCCUUGCUAUUAUGUAAUUUUGACCAAAUGAAAGAUAACAUUUCUCAUUACUUUACUUAUUAUAUAUUGUAUAAAGAAACAAAACAAAACAAACAACGCGAUAAUGCAGGGAUUAACUGCUUUUAUAUUUUUUAUCAUAAAAAAAUUAAGAGGAACAGAUAAAAAAGGGAUUUUAUGUUAAAAUACUGAA